AUGACCCCCCGGAUACUUCUCUACCUCCCCCUCAGACCGCCUUCUUCCUCCCACCUGGUCACUUCUCUACCUCCCCCUCAGACCGCCUUCUUCCUCCCACCUGGUCACUUCUCUACCUCCCUCUCCGACCGCCUUCUUCCUCCCACCUGGUCACUUCUCUACCUCCCCCUCCGACCGCCUUCUUCCUCCCACCUGGUCACUUCUCUACCUCCCCCUCCGACCGCCUUCUUCCUCCCACCUGGUCACUUCUCUACCUCCCUCUCCGACCGCCUUCUUCCUCCCACCUGGUCACUUCUCUACCUCCCCCUCCGACCGCCUUCUUCCUCCCACCUGGUCACUUCUCUACCUCCCCCUCCCUCUCCGACCGCCUUCUUCCUCCCACCUGGUCACUUCUCUACCUCCCCCUCCGACCGCCUUCUUCCUCCCACCUGGUCACUUCUCUACCUCCCUCUCCGACCGCCUUCUUCCUCCCACCUGGUCACUUCUCUACCUCCCCCUCCGACCACCUUCUUCCUCCCACCUGGUCACUUCUCUACCUCCCUCUCCGACCGCCUUCUUCCUCCCACCUGGUCACUUCUCUACCUCCCUCUCCGACCGCCUUCUUCCUCCCACCUGGUCACUUCUCUAUCUCCCUCUCCGACCGCCUUCUUCAUCCCACCUGGUCACUUCUCUACCUCCCUCUCCGACCGCCUUCUUCCUCCCACCUGGUCACUUCUCUACCUCCCCCUCCGACCGCCUUCUUCCUCCCACCUGGUCACUUCUCUACCUCCCCCUCCGACCGCCUUCUUCCUCCCACCUGGUCACUUCUCUACCUCCCCCUCCGACCGCCUUCUUCCUCCCACCUGGUCACUUCUCUACCUCCCCCUCCGACCGCCUUCUUCCUCCCACCUGGUCACUUCUCUACCUCCCCCUCCGACCGCCUUCUUCCUCCCACCUGGUCACUUCUCUACCUCCCCCUCCGACCGCCUUCUUCCUCCCACCUGGUCACUUCUCUACCUCCCUCUCCGACCGCCUUCUUCCUCCCACCUGGUCACUUCUCUACCUCCCCCUCCGACCGCCUUCUUCCUCCCACCUGGUCACUUCUCUACCUCCCUCUCAGACCGCCUUCUUCAUCCCACCUGGUCACUUCUCUACCUCCCUCUCCGACCGCCUUCUUCAUCCCACCUGGUCACUUCUCUACCUCCCCCUCAGACCGCCUUCUUCCUCCCACCUGGUCACUUCUCUACCUCCCUCUCCGACCGCCUUCUUCCUCCCACCUGGUCACUUCUCUACCUCCCCCUCCGACCGCCUUCUUCCUCCCACCUGGUCACUUCUCUACCUCCCUCUCCGACCGCCUUCUUCCUCCCACCUGGUCACUUCUCUACCUCCCUCUCCGACCGCCUUCUUCCUCCCACCAGGUCACUUCUCUAUCUCCCUCUCCGACCGCCUUCUUCCUCCCACCUGGUCACUUCUCUACCUCCCCCUCCACCCGCCUUCUUCCUCCCACCUGGUCACUUCUCUACCUCCCUCUCCGACCGCCUUCUUCCUCCCACCUGGUCACUUCUCUACCUCCCUCUCCGACCGCCUUCUUCCUCCCACCUGGUCACUUCUCUACCUCCCUCUCCGACCGCCUUCUUCCUCCCACCUGGUCACUUCUCUACCUCCCCCUCCGACCGCCUUCUUCCUCCCACCUGGUCACUUCUCUACCUCCCCCUCCGACCGCCUUCUUCCUCCCACCUGGUCACUUCUCUACCUCCCUCUCCGACCGCCUUCUUCCUCCCACCUGGUCACUUCUCUACCUCCCCCUCCGACCGCCUUCUUCCUCCCACCUGGUCACUUCUCUACCUCCCCCUCCGACCGCCUUCUUCCUCCCACCUGGUCACUUCUCUACCUCCCUCUCCGACCGCCUUCUUCCUCCCACCUGGUCACUUCUCUACCUCCCUCUCCGACCGCCUUCUUCAUCCCACCUGGUCACUUCUCUACCUCCCUCUCCGACCGCCUUCUUCCUCCCACCUGGUCACUUCUCUACCUCCCCCUCCGACCGCCUUCUUCCUCCCACCUGGUCACUUCUCUACCUCCCCCUCCGACCGCCUUCUUCCUCCCACCUGGUCACUUCUCUACCUCCCUCUCCGACCGCCUUCUUCCUCCCACCUGGUCACUUCUCUACCUCCCCCUCAGACCGCCUUCUUCCUCCCACCUGGUCACUUCUCUACCUCCCUCUCAGACCGCCUUCUUCAUCCCACCUGGUCACUUCUCUACCUCCCUCCCCGACCGCCUUCUUCCUCCCACCUGGUCACUUCUCUACCUCCCUCUCCGACCGCCUUCUUCCUCCCACCUGGUCACUUCUCUACCUCCUUCUCCGACCGCCUUCUUCUUCCCACCUGGUCACUUCUCUACCUCCUUCUCCGACCGCCUUCUUCCUCCCACCCGGUCACUUCUCUACCUCCCUCUCCGACCGCCUUCUUCCUCCCACCUGGUCACUUCUCUACCUCCUUCUCCGACCGCCUUCUUCCUCCCACCCGGUCACUUCUCUACCUCCCCCUCCACCCGCUUUCUUCCCCCCACCUGGACACUUCUCCACCUCCGUCCACCCCCCUCCUCCCAAAACACAUAACACCUCCUUCACCUCACCUUCUUGAACCCCCCACCCCCUCCCUCCCCGUUACCAGCAUCCCCGGUUCCUCGUCUCGUAUCACGGAACGUAUGUCCUGA